ACAGCCGGAAAUGUUAUCUGAACAUUUUUUUUCUCUCUUGGAAAUUGUGACGAACAGAGCGAAACGUGUGCAAAUUUAAUUAAUAUUUCAUCAAAAAUGGCAAAUGAAAAUACUUGCAAAUCGUUCAACAUUGGCGAUCUGGUAUUUGCCAAAGUCAAAGGUUACAUACCAUGGCCGGCAGUGGUUAGCAAUGAGGUGAACUCAAAAAAGCAGUACACUGUGCUUUUUUAUGGCACGAGAGAGACUGGCUACAGACAAAUUCAAGACCUCUUGCCGUACGCCGAAAACAAGGAAAAGUACUCCACUAAAGAGUACAUGAAGCGAGCCGGCUUCCGCAAGGCAAUGAUUGAAAUUAAUAAAGUGGCUGAAGAGAAGGCCAAUGGCCCAAAACAUGUGGACGAAGAAACCGAACAGCAGCUAAAGACAACUGCAGCCGUUACUUCCUUCCAAGAGCCAUCUCGCCCAGCAAACAAUGAAGAAAAUAACAUGGUGUUGGUGUACUUGCCAUAUGGCAAGGUCUUUGGCAUCAACAUCAACCACAACAAGCCGGAGAGUUUUGAAAAUGCCGCUGCGGAGCAGUCAUGGAUAAAUGAGUCACGCAAAGAGGCCAAAGUACAGAAGGAGCAGAUGUUGUCUGGACAACUCGAUCCCAAAUCGCUUCCAGGACGCAUUAUCGUUGAGCCUUCGCCCAAUGAGACAGGCAGGAAGGAGGAACGGAAACUAAUGAAGGAUAUCCUCAAACUUGAGAAUGCUCUAACUAUAGAGCGGGAUUUCUUUGACCUAUGUGCGAAGAUCAGACAAUGCUUGCCGCUGCGGCAAGCCCAUGUGACUAAAUGUCUAAAGAACCUGGGUCGAUUAAAAAAAUUGGAGUUGACCAAGGUAAUGUUGCUGCGGCAUCCAGAGAGUGUGGAUACGCUGCGCAAGCUUCAAGGAUAUGUUGGCAAUUUGAAAAAAUGGAAGAUGCCCCGUUCCGACAAGAUUAAGUUUGAGGCACAGGCCAAAAUCAUUCGUCAAGAGGCCACGAUCAUAUACGCGCGCUUCCCAAAGCUGUUCGACUCAGCUGAGACUAAAGACUUUUGGCAAGAGUACUGCAAGGAGGUCAAAAUUUUCAAGGAAACCACUAAAAAGGUGAAUUCAAGUAUACGCGUCGCAUUGGACGAGCGCAUGUACAACAACCUCAUUAAAGCCGGACAAGAAAAUACUCCAGCGCCCGCUGAAACCCAAUAAAACCAACUAUACUGUUAAAGUACCCAGCAUUUGUAGUUCUGCGCAAUUCAGCUACAGCUCAAGAAGACGACACCACCGUGGACAAAGUUUUACUGCAAAAUUUAUAGAAUUAAAACUACAUACACAAUGUAUUACACAUGCAUAUCAAGUUCCUUAUGUGACGUAGCUUAGACUAUUGUAGAGGCAUCUUCUUCCAGAAGAACUAGUUGACCCUACAUACAAAUUACAAUGUAUUUCGUUAACAAUGAAUAAAACUAUAGAUGGUA